CAAACACCAAUUAGCCUUCUUCGAAGAAAGAAGAGCUCUUUAUUUCCUCUAUUUCUCUCAAAAUACCCAACACUUCAAUACCCAAAAAAAAAUCAUAAAACAGGUAGAAAAAAACUGGGAUUAAACCUUUACUUACUUCCGCUGCUUAUCUCUUUAAUCUGUGAUUUUAUAAUCUAAUUUUUUUAUUAAUUUGAGGGAGAAAAAAAACGAUAUUGUUCCUUCCUAUAAUGCCCAAUUUGUUGCGGGCUAGGGUUUUCAUCCGGAUCAACGGAUUGGGGGAAUUUCCCGAAUUGGGAACUGAUUAGGGUUCUGAUCAGAGUAUGAAUGAGCUCAACCUCUCGUUUUUGCAGUAUCGGAUUGAGGAGCUAUUUCUCUCGAGCUUUGGUUUUUAAACGGAUUGCUUAAGGGAAAUGGUUAUUGGAAAGCUUUUGGACGUUGAAGAAGAUUGCUUUCAUGAUUACUUGCGUAGAUAGUGAUUCAAAAGCUUGAGGAUUUAGUUGUUUUAGACAAAAGGGUGUUUGGGUUUUUAGUGAUAUUUUUAUGUGGUUGAUCUCAGUUGGUGGAUGAUUUUGGCAUUGGGUUGUGUUAUUGGGAGAAGAAGGUGAUGAUUCUUUAUUGUGCUGCAAACAACAGAGAGUGUCAGAUUUUACUGGACUAAUUUUGUUUCUUAAAACCCCAUUUGGUUUAUCAUAGUUUUUGAGCUAGAAUUCUUGAUCAGAAGAGCAUUCUUGAAGUUAUAUUUCUAUUUUGGGGCAUUGUUGAAGUAGCUUAGGGAAAGAUAAGAGUAGGUUUAGCAGUGAUUGGAGACUUUGCUGCGGUGAUUUUGUCAUUCGAAGUGAUUUGUUUAGUGUUAGAUAGUUGAAUUGGGGCUACAUUUGAGGUUAGGGAGAUUAAAGAGCUUGGUGGAUUUAGGAACUUCUUUGAGCUAUCGAGAGUGACAGGGAGUUCAUGAGGAAACAUUGAAGCUGGAAAUGUAUGCAGGGAUAUGGUGCAUGGAUAGGAGCAUAGUUACUUGUUGUUCUCUUUCUGGAGCAUUGCUACUGGAAGAUAAUCCAAGUGUUUUUGCGUUCGGAAGGCAUUAUCGUUUCGUGUUCUAAACUUCUGUGAAAUGUCGCGUUGCUUUCCUUUCCCACCACCAGGAUAUGAAAAGAAGGCUAGGACCAAUGACGUGGACUUGCUAAAUAAGGUCACAGUGCGGAGAAGUUUAUCCAGAAAGAGAAGGUUAGGGAUAAAGAUCGAAGCAGUUCGUCAGGAGUUGGCGGGGAGGGUCAGAGAUGAAGGUGCAGGAGCUAGAAGCGAAUUGGUGGAUAAGUUUACGGGUAGUGACCGGAAAAAGGAUGAGGGAAUGGUCAGUUUUGUGGCUAAGACUGCUAAUAAAUUGGCUGAAGAGAAGGAAAAGACCAAGAAAAGUGAUGAUAGGAAGUUCAAUGUGCAAGGAAUGGGGGAGGAAACGAGAGCUGGUGGAAAUGAUAUGGUCUCGAACCUUUCCGCAGCAGAUAAAGCUAGAGUUGAAGGGAUCCCCAAUCAAGUGGAGAAUAAUGCCGAGAGACACGGGGAAGGGAAAGAAAAAACCAAAGAAAAAGGAGAUGAUAAUAUAAGGGAUAAACGCAAGGAUAAACACAGAGAAGAAAAGUCACAGAAAAGAUAAGGAUAGGGACAAAGCGAAGGAGGAGAAGGAGAAGGCUAAGGCGAAAGGUGAACAUAGGAAUUUGGC